AUGAUUGAACAUCGAUUAAAACGUUUCUUAGAUGAAAUUCAAGCACUUAUCUAUAUCAAUAAUUUUUAUGAAGCCGAACCAAAAAUAGCAUUAAUAAGCUUAGUACGUACUUUAUUAGGUAGCUGUUGUACGAAACAGAUUUCCGAUGAGAUCGAAUUAAUAAAAGAGCGUCGAAAUAAAAUUGUAUUAGAUGAAAUAGUUGCAAAAUAUUCCGAUGUAAAUAUUGGCAAAUAUAUAUUGAAUCCACCAAUAGAUAUAUUUGAAAAAUUAGGACAACAUUUACCAGAAACCAUAAGAAAUGUUCUUGAAGUUGAAUUGAAACACUAUUAUACUUAA